CAAAAAUAUCCAGAUUGAAAUGAGAAACAUAUUUCUUGCCACCUUUCUGACUUUAGCCGGCGUAAAUCACAUAGUUGGACAGGAAAUCCCAAGAUAUGACGCUGCUUGUGGUUUACUUUCUGCUAAAAUAUAUUGCCUUGGUGGUAUGACGGAACGAGACGGGGGAUCGGACAAUUCAAUAGGCAUACUCGACCUUGCAGCUUUUAGUGGAAGCACAGCGGACGAAUUGAAAGAUAAAUGGCAUCAUAUAUCGUCAAUUGUGUAUUCUCCCAACACGCAAAUGUCGGAUUAUUCUCAAAGAAUGGUUCUUCCCGACGAAAAAAGCAUGCUUUUAUCUGGCGGAGAAAGUCUUGUUGAUAACCCUUUAGCUCCAAUGACGCGGGUUUACCAUUCAGAAAGCAAUUCUUGGAGCACGUUCCCUGAAUACAAAGAACUGGAUUUUGGAAGAAGGAGGAUAUAUCAUGCAUCAUCAGUCUUUGUCCCAAAUUAUGGAAUCGGAUUUUAUGGAGGAUUAGAAAUUUUUGUAAAUAGCAGCUGGACAUACAACGGCCAAAACAUGAGUGCAUACGAAGAACAUACCGCGAAAGGCACGGUUAGGCAUAUUGGUUAUACUAGCCUCACAUUUUUGAAUUCAAAAAAACCAGCCGACCCUUGGUUUAUUCAUCAACCUCAAAAUAAUUUACCAUCUGCUUUCACAUCGUUUCAAACAUCAAUUUAUGACAUUAAAAACAGUCGUAUUCUUUUCUUUGGGGGCCGAUCAUUAGGAAAAUCAGUUAAUGAUUCAGUUGAAAUUCCAUUUGAUAAUAUAAUAGUAUUUGAUAUGUUAGCAAGUAACUGGACCACACAGUUGUCAACAGGAAGCCAAAUACCAACACCAAGAACAGAGCAUACAACUACAUUGGUGGGUCCUAUGGAAAGAGAUGUUUUACUAUUUGGGGGCGAAGACUUGAAAAAUCACAGUGAACCUUGUUCGGAUUAUGCUUUUACUCUUAAUCUUGAUACUUACAUAUGGCAGCUACAAGAUAUCAAAUCUAAACCAAAUACAUCAAUGGCAAGGAUCGGUCAUUCAGCUAUUCCUGUAAAUAAUAAUACAGUAUUUAUUAUUUUUGGUUUAGUUAGCUACUAUGAAAUCACCAACACUAUACUGAUAUUAAACACAACAACACCAUCAAAUAUCACUCUAGUAGAUAAGUACAUCGACAUAAACAAUGCAAGUGUAUUUUUGACAGAGCCUCACAGGAAAGUAAGCACAGAGGCUGUGAUCGGUAUAAUCAUAGGAUCAGUCGUAGGGGUUUUGAUCAUAGUGGGUGUAAUCGUCUUAUCGUUUAUAAAAAAGAAAAGGGCCAAAGAGGAAAAAAAGCGACAAGAAUUAGAAGAAUAUGAAAGGCAGCAACAGAUUGUAGAGCCCAUCAUGGAAGUAAAUUGGGAUGAAAUUGAAAAGAAAUACGUCGAGCAGUCUAAUUCUUUAAGCCGCCAAAAAAGGUCGCUUACUCCCGGUAUGACUGACGAUACAAUUAUUAACCCAAUGCCGAUACGGUUUCAGCGUCCAAAUGCGAUGGAUAAAACCGGUAUUUAUGGUACUAAAAACCACAGGGUACAAAAACCUGAUGUUGGUGCUCGAUACUCGUUGUAAAGAUAGAUACCUGAAUAUACCGAAGCUAGAACUCAUAAAUAGCAUACAAGUUGUCAUGCAUACAACUAUUUUUCAUUAAACUUGGAAUCAAAGCAGUUACCAAU